CUUCUACUUAUAUCCCCGGAGUGCUAGGAGCUCAGGAGCACGCAGCCACACCUACCCGUUCGGCAAAGAUGAAGCUCGGGUGUUCUCGGUUUCUUUUGUCUUGCCAUGUUCUUCUCUGCCUUUCGGCGAUUUGGGUGCCGGCCACGGCCGAUGUGCCGGUAGCCCACCUUACCGGCUGCCAGGCCAAGUGCGGCGAGGUUGACAUCCCAUUCCCGUUCGGCAUCGGCGAGCAGUGCGCGUUGCACCGCGGCUUUAACAUCAACUGCACGACCGUCAAUGGCAUCCUCAAGCCUUUUGCGGGAUAUGUCGAGGUGACCAAAAUCUCCGUGCCAGACGGCAAGGCCUGGAUAAACGCCACGACCAUGUCGUGGCGGUGCUAUGAUGUGGCCACUGACACUAUGAGCUACCAAAACGAAGGCCUGGACCUCAGAAAUACACCUUUCUGGGUAUCGGAGGUGGAUAACAAAAUUAUCGUCAUCGGGUGUAAUACUCUCGCUUAUAUGAGGAGCUUUCCGUACGUAAUAGGUUGCUCGUCCAUAUGCGAAGACGUUACCCUCGAGAACGACAAAUGCUCUGGUGCCGGCUGCUGCCAAGCCGAUGUCCCGAAAGGCGUACGGUAUUAUAACGGCUAUUUCAACACAAACUACAACGCGACCAAAAGGUGCAGCUUCAUGGCAGUGAUGGAAAAGGCAGCUUUCAAGUUCAACACCAGCUAUACCGAAUCCACGGUGUUUUGGGAUACAUACAAUGGGACAGUUCCACUUGUCCUGGACUGGCUGGCAUGGCCGUCGACUUGCGACGUAGCUCAGAACAUGAGCUCCUACGCAUGCGCCAGCACCCAUAGUGAGUGUGUAAAUUCCACCAUCGACGAGCCAGGUUAUCGUUGCACGUGCGCUGUUGGAUACAAAGGCAACCCUUAUGUCCAGAACGGAUGCCAAGAUAUUGACGAGUGCCUUGAAGAUGCUACUCUCUGCGUCUCUGGAAGUGGAACCUGCACGAACACGGCAGGGAAUUACACCUGCUCAUGUCCCCGAGGGAAGGAUUGGGCGAAUGGCAGUUGUCAAUCCCAUUUUCCUGUGAUACCUGUCGUAGGUACAACUGUUGGACUAGUCGUCUUAGUGAUUGUUUUAGCCUGUGCGUGCAUGAUCCAAGAGAGAAGAAAACUACAAAAGAUGAAGCGGGACUACUUUCGGCAGCAUGGUGGUCUAAUAUUAUUUGAGGAGAUGAGGUCAAAGCAAGGUAUUACAUUUAAAAUCUUCACAGAGGAAGAACUACAGCAAGCCACGAACAGGUUUAGUGAGCAACAAGUAUUGGGUCAAGGGGGCUAUGGGACUGUGUACAAGGGGGUUCUUGAGGGCAACGUGGAAGUAGCGGUGAAGAGAUGCAAGACCGUCGACGAGCAACAAAAGAAAGAAUUUGGUAAAGAGAUGCUGAUCUUGUCUGAGGUCAACCAUAAAAACAUUGUGAAGCUCCUCGGGUGUUGCCUCGAAGUGGAAGUCCCUAUGUUGGUAUACGAGUUUGUCCCAAACGGCACCCUCUUCCAGCUCAUACACGGUAACCAUGGCCUACGUAUCUCCUUGGCUACUCGCUUGGGGAUCGCCCAUGAGUCCGCUGACGCGCUCGCCUACCUUCACUCAUCGGCUUCGACACCAAUCCUCCAUGGUGAUGUCAAGUCCUCCAAUAUUCUUCUUGACAGGGAUCACAAAGCUAAAGUAGCUGACUUUGGCGCCUCCAUCCUGGCACCAACUGAUAAGUCACAAUUCAUCACACUUGUACAUGGUACAUGCGGGUAUCUCGAUCCUGAGUACAUGCAAACCAACCUGCUGACAGACAAGAGUGACGUGUACAGCUUUGGGGUUGUUCUUUUGGAGCUGCUUACGGGCAAGUUGCCAUUUAAUUUCAGUCAAGAUGUCGCUGCCCGCGAGAAGAGCUUAUCGAUGAUGUUUAUGUAUGCGAUGAAGGUGAAUAAGCUUGAGGAAAUCUUGGAUGAUGAUAUCAAGAACGAGGAGAGCACAGAAAUUAUUGAAGAGGCGGCGGAGCUAGCGAUGCGGUGCUUAGAGAUGUGUGGUGACAAUAGGCCAUCGAUGAAGGAAGUUGCGGAGAAGCUUGAUAGUCUGAGGAAGGUGAUGCAACAUCCAUGGGUGCAGCGAAACCCUGAAGAGAUGGAAUGCCUACUUGGGGAGCCCUCGUCAAUGGUCAGCUCGACGAUAACAAGUGCUGAAUGUUUCAGCAUCGAGAAGAAAGCUGUUAAUGGUCUGCAGUCAGGUCGUUAAGUAAUCACACUAUUGCCUUGCUUUGUUUAUUUUGUAUUCAAAAGCAAAAAAGUCAGUUGCAUCAAAAAUAGAAUAAACAGUCAAUUGUUAUAGCUACCAUUAUGUUACUGUUCAUUUUACCAAUUAUACAUCUACAGUUUCAGUGUUUA